GAAUGGUGUGAAAAACAAAUGGAAUAUUUCCUUCUUCUUGGUAAACCAGAAGCCAGCAAAGCUAUGAAAGCCGGUAGCCUGAGGCAUGCCGCUCUUGAAGAAGAGGUGAUAAAAAGAGUAAAAGUUCAAACUCAAUGUAUUGAAGAUGUAUGGGCAAUCAAGCUCAUGAAUUUUGUGGUUGGUGCCAACCAGUUGUUAUUUGAUGGCUUGACACGCGAGUUACCCAUAGUAGGAUUCGCGGAAGGUGUGUGGAUGGUUGGAGUGAUAGAUGAAAUACGAAUGCGUUCGGAAGAAAACGAGAGAUUCCCCAUCUUAGUUGACACGAAAACACGCAUGCGGCCCACUCUUCCUUCCGAAGCACAACGAAGGAAUGGAAGGCUUCAACUAAUGUGCUACAAGCACAUCUGGGACAACUUGGUUGCUGAUGAAUUUCCCUUUGCAAAGUUCUUUGAUUUCUUUUCUUUAAAUCCUAACUGUAUCUUAUCACAAGAAAUCCGGGCUAAUACAACCAGGUCGGGUUUUUCAGCAGAGACUCUCAGUGAUCUGGUGAGGUACUUUCGGAAUACCUGUUCUAUGCUUCCCCAAGCACAUA